AUGACAGACACACUUGGCAUCCACUGGAACCUGAUGGAGGAACUGGGCUGGCGGCCCGUCUUCGCGCUCCUCAUCAUCUCCAAAGCUGGCUCGCUCAUCUACCACCGCACCUUCCCGACCGCCGCCCCGGGCACCGCAGCAGGGAAUCUCACGGGCCAGAACCAGACCCAGACGGUACAGGGCACGCUGGGCCUCCCGGGAACGUCUACGCUCACGACCAACGACUACCUCGUCCUAGCCGGCACAUUCCACGGCGUCCACGCAAUCACUCGCUCCCUCACGCCUAAACUGCCAGUGACAACAUCCGCGACCGCAAACCCGUCGGGCAAGACAUGGACGUAUCCGGACCCGACCGUUGCUCCCUCGGGCAUUGAAUCCCUUGAAUCCUCCUUCUUCCGCCUCACGGUCUUCCAGACCCUGAGCGGGACAAAAUUCUUGCUGUUCACCGACCCGAGCAUGCCCAAUACAGAUCUCCUCAUGAAGGGCGUCUACGAGAGAUACGCAGACUACGUGUGCAAAAACCCUUUUUGGCAGAUGGAGAUGCCAAUCAGGAUCGAAGCGUGGGACAGGAGUCUGGGACAAUGGUUGACGAGGCGGUGA